UUAAAUCGCCUUCUGCGCAGUAUUUUAAGCCGGUUUUGUAGGAGCUGCGAGGUCGCGUCCCUCGGGAGAUCGCGACGGCGUGUGUAUUUCACCCUUCCCCAGAACGGUGUUGGGAAUAGGUUCAUCAACAGGCCUGUGCGUUCUGAUGUCAUCAAGGACAGAGGUUUUCUUGACCUGGAACUAGGAAAUCUUAAAAUACGAUUUUCCCUUUUCACUCUUGGUUGGUUAAACUUUUUCAAAUUUGUACAGCCUUUUGAAUAAUUUGUGUUGUAGGAACUAACACUUUGGAAAAUGACACCUAGUGUACCUUACGUUUGUCAGUGUUGCUUAGAGACUUACUCCCAGUGUGUGCAAACAAAGAUAACAAAUACAAAAGAUAGCAAAUAUUGCCUGUAGGGCUUUUAACCUGUAGUAGUGUUUUUGUAAUUAAAAAAAAAUCUUGAAACUUUAUUUCCAGUUCUGUAGUUGCUUUUACUUGGUUUGUAUUUGUAUGAUUUUGACAGUUCGGUGGGUUAAAUUUAUUACACUGUUAACACUGUUACUUGUGAUUAACUUGUAGUUUUUAAGAUAGCUAUGAAAAAUGAACUUCUCUGACUUUUCCAUCAUGAUGUAUUUAUUCAUCUUUGUGUUAACAAGAGUGCUGAAAAUGCAGGCUUUGGGCAGGUUUAGGCUUGGUAAAUUACAGUUUAUAGCUUUAUCCAGUUUCUUCCUUGCAUGCUAAUCUCAGUGGUCUGGUUCACAGAUUCCUGCUCAUUUUCCUUCCCUGCUCAUUUGGAUGGUCUUUGGUUGCAGAAGGUGUGUGUGAAGGCUGGUCACAUACAGAAACGGUGAUAUAAUAGGGGCUAUACGGUUCUUUGCUCUAGUACUUCCAUAGCUUAGAAAGCUUAACUGGGAAGUACAUCUGUGCGUAAGGUCUUUUUGCAGAGUUUGUAGGUUGUUUAAUUUAACUGUUGAAUGGGCUCCGAGAGGUGUAAUUAAAGAAACCAGAGCUCACUGAGCUCGUCAGACUGCCUAGGGAACUGGUCUAACACAGUGGCUUUCACAAGCCUUAUCUGUGGGUUACUGGGGAUCCCUGGAUCAGGACAUAUAGGUUCAGGUAAGAUGAAGCACACACAAACUUUCCUGAAAUGUGUGUGUUUACAAUAUUGGAAGGGAAACACUUUUAGAAUUUUACAUAUGAACAUGCAUGUGAUUUCUAAGCUCUUUCCAAGCGAAUACCGUGAUCAGAAUCUGUUCUGUGUACAGUUAUUCUCUGUGUACAUUUGUUCUAGAGCGUAGAACUGCAGUGUGCCAUCAUGAGCCUCCCACCUAUGGAUGUUGGGGAAAAAUAGGAGCAGUGCUCAGUUGUCACAAAGGCCUUAUCACAUUUGAAUCCCCUCACAAUAAGCUGCUGUGGCAUCACUUCCCCAGAACAUGUAUUUGAUUUGUCACAGAUAUCUUAAACUUUUCAUUCAAGCUGGAAUGCCUUACAGUAGGAAAAUAAGGCCAAAAGAUAAAAUCGUUUGUGUCGUAUCUCUACAGUAUCAGUUAAGGCCCAGCAUUGAAAACCACUGUAUGUUUGGGUUUUUUUUUUCUGAAGAUGGGAACUGGAUUAUUUCUAGUCCAACAAGGCUGAGAUGAAGGAAGAGACUUUGGAGGGGCAAGAUGAUGCUGUUACUGGGCAUGCGAGACUUACAAAAUCAAUGAAUGAAUACCAAGUCCUAGACACUCAUGUUUUUCUAGCUCUGGACUGGAGAGAAGGGCUUCUGUAGAAGAAUUUGGAGUUGCUUACUUAUGAUUACUUUUUGAAUGUCAAGGGUUAAGUUAUUUUGUAUGUUGGAAUCCCUCUUUGUUCCUUCACUUCUUGCCCUGAACAGUGCAUGUCUUGCAAAAGCAUGCACACUAUGCUGCUUUGAGGUAUCUAGUCCAAGUAUGAGUAAGUUUGUGGGUGAAAUGAUGCUAAAUAUGGGAAGCUUGCCUAUUGCCUAAUAUUCCUAUGUCAGAUGGCAAGGAGAUUAAAGAUGAGGUUUGAGAGCUUUAUACAUAUGUGAUGGAUACAGAGCUGGUGUACUUGCAGAGAAAUACUUAAGGUGGUUGAGAAUUUCAGUGUGUAAUGGAAGCCAAUUUUGAAUAGCAUUUUACUUAACUUUCCUUAACCUACAAAGGUAAGGUUAAUUUUUUCAAAAUGGAAUGUUUUUUUUUUUUUCUGGUAGGACUAGUAAUUCCUUUUGUACAAGAAAGAGGAGAGUUAGGGGGUGCAGGAAGAAGUGUAGCAUCCAUAACAUGUUAAGCAAUAUGGCACAUUUAGUGCAUCUGUUGAAUGCUUGAGCAAGCUGUUUGGUAAGACUGCUGCUAACUUUUAUCUGGGGCAUUUGAAAGAAUAGAACUUCAGUGUAAACUCCACUAAUGUAAAACUUCAUCAACAGUGCCUUUUCAAGUUACGGGAAAUGUUGGAGUACUUCAUAUGUUACAAUUCUCAAAUUUAAUCUUUUGAAUUUCUUGUCUUAUUUGGGAAAUUCAAUAAAAUAAUUGCUUUGGUUUUCUUUCCUGUUAUCUUCACAAAUGGUUUAGUUCAGGAAGCUGAAGCAAUGGAUGUACUUUACAAGAAAUGAGCCGUCAGACUGCUACAGCACUACCUACAGGUACUUCAAAGUGUACGCCAUCACAGAGGGUGCCUGCACUGACUGGCACUACAGCUUCCAAUAAUGACUUGGCUAGUCUCUUUGAGUGUCCUGUGUGUUUUGACUAUGUGCUGCCACCAAUUCUUCAGUGUCAGAGUGGCCAUCUUGUUUGUAGCAACUGUCGCCCCAAACUUACGUGCUGUCCAACUUGCCGAGGCCCGUUGGGCUCCAUUCGUAACCUGGCUAUGGAGAAAGUUGCCAAUUCUGUACUAUUCCCAUGUAAAUAUGCCUCUUCUGGAUGUGAGAUAACUUUGCCACACACAGAAAAAGCAGACCAUGAGGAGUUGUGUGAGUUUAGGCCUUAUUCCUGUCCAUGUCCUGGUGCUUCAUGUAAAUGGCAAGGUUCUCUGGAUGCUGUAAUGCCACAUCUGAUGCAUCAACAUAAGUCAAUUACAACACUUCAGGGAGAAGAUAUAGUGUUCCUUGCUACAGACAUUAAUCUUCCUGGUGCUGUUGACUGGGUUAUGAUGCAGUCUUGUUUUGGCUUUCAUUUCAUGUUAGUAUUGGAGAAACAGGAAAAAUAUGAUGGUCACCAGCAGUUCUUUGCAAUUGUACAGCUGAUAGGAACACGCAAGCAAGCAGAAAACUUUGCUUAUCGACUUGAGUUAAAUGGUCAUAGGCGGCGAUUGACUUGGGAAGCAACUCCUCGAUCUAUUCAUGAGGGAAUUGCAACAGCCAUUAUGAAUAGUGACUGUCUAGUCUUUGACACCAGCAUUGCACAGCUCUUUGCAGAAAAUGGCAAUUUAGGCAUCAAUGUAACUAUAUCCAUGUGUUGAAAUGGCAAUCAAACCUCUUCAGGCCAGUGUUUAAAACCGUUGCAUUUAAUUUAGCAGAAACUAGGGUAACCAUCUUUGACUGUCAGACAAAUUGUUUGGUAGAUGGAGGGUAGGCAUAUAUGAAGGUAAAUAAGAGGAAAGGCUGUUAAAUUACAGGAAGCAGUUGCAUGUAGUAACACUAAUAUAUUUAAAAUAAGUCAACAGUAAACCACUGAAAAUAUAUAUACACCCAAAACGGGCAUCUUUUGUAUUAAGAAUUGAUUCUACAGGAAAUGUUGUAAAAUAAUUCUAAAAACUUGUUUGUAGAUUGAUUGUACUGUUGAAAAGGAUACUGUUUCGUGUUUUUGUUUGUGUUUUUUUCCUCCCCCCUUUGACUGACAAGCCAUGUUGAGCAGAAUUGGUCUCUGGCCGCUGCUUCCCUCCC